AAAUUGCCAAAUUGUCAAAACACAAAUUCAAGUGACUGAUGGUGAUGAUGUGUAAAUGAAAAAUCGAACAAAAUUUUGCGCGAUAACUCGCUAUUUUCGAAGAAAAGAACCAUCACGUUAUUCCAUAACCCGGCCGGAAUAGCUGCCCAAUCUGCGCCCAGAUGAAUUACAACGCCAACAGCGGGGCACGCCAGCGUAAGUUGGAAGGUUCUUCCAACGGCGGUCCCAAGAAACCCAAACGCGUCAGCGAUGUGAACGCCAUGGGAACUCCGGCGCCGAUGGCCCAGUUCAACACGUUUGACCAAGCCGCCGCCGCCGCCGCUGCACCGCCAAUGGCGACCAACAUGGGCUACGGAGCUCCCAACCCCGCAGUUAACCAGUUUGACGCGUACGGUCAAGCGUACGGAAAUCAGUACGGAAACUAUCCGAACCUGCCACAGCAACAACCGCCGCAGCAGCAGCUACCGGCCCAGAUGAACAUGCCACAACAGGCGCCGAACGCGGGUGGGCCGCAGUCUGGAGGUGUCCCGGGAAUGCCCGGAUAUCCGGGACAGUUUGCCAUGUUUCAGCAGCCCAUCGUGCAAGAUAUGGCGCUGCAGUACGGCCAAAAGUUGGCCGAUCAGGGAAAAGAAUUGGUGCACUCACAGUUUGAAAAGUACAUCCCGGUGACGAAACUAAAGUACUACUUUGCCGUCGACAACAAAUAUGUUGUCAACAAGUUGAGGCUGAUAUUCUUCCCGUUUACUCAAACUGACUGGUCCCUUAAGUACGAUCAUGACAAUCCAGUUCAGCCGCGCUAUGACAUUAAUGCUCCAGAUCUGUACAUACCAACGAUGGCUUACAUUACUUACGUCGUUCUUGCUGGGAUUGUUCUCGGAUUCCAAAACCGUUUCUCUCCCGAGCAACUUGGCAUCCAGGCGUCGAGCGCGCUGGCUUACAGCAUCUUUGAGCUGGUCGUAUACAAUUUGACGCUUUAUAUUGCCAACAUACCGACCUCCCUGAAAACACUGGACCUGCUGGCGCUGAGCGGCUACAAGUACGCGUCGAUUGUUUCCAUCUUGCUGUGCAGUAUUUUCCUCCGGAAGGCCGGUUACUACCUCGGCUGGCUCUAUGCAAGUGCUGCGCUGGCGUUCUUCUUGUUGCGCACGUUGAAAGCCAAGGUGUUGUCAGAAUCCGGUCAGACCCAAGACGCCCCCAGCUACGAUCCGUACAGACAGCAGCAACAACAGUUUGAACAUACUGUGGGUCGCAAAAGGAAGUUGUACUUUUUGUUUCUGGUAACAGGAUUGCAGCCGCUGCUGGCAUUUUGGCUAUCGAUGCAUUUAAUUCCGAACGAUGCGGUAACGGCUGCUGCAUAAUUUGAAAAACUUCUUUUCUUUGUCCAUAUAUUAUUUUGAUAUUUGAUUACACAGACGUUUUUGCCACAUAUGGUUAGUUUUCAGUUUAUUAAACAUCAUUUAAUAUGACUGAAAACUAACGCUAUCAGGUAAAAUUGUUUAAAAAUGAAAUUAAUUUUGUGUAACUCGAUAGAAGUUUUCCCCGGAAAUUAAAUAGUUGCUUUCAUGAA